GAGUUCCUUCUCCCACCAUGAGGAGAAACAACCAAGAGAAGUCCCCCUCUGACUUCAAGGUCGAAAUGCCAACCUUUGAUGGAAAAGAUGACCCGGAUGAUUUCAUCGAAUGGUUAGAGACGAUUGAACGCGUCUUUGACUAUACCGAAGUGCCGGAGGACAAGAAGGUCAAGCUUGUGGCCUUAAAAUUCAGAGGCUACGCAUCUACGUGGUGGACUAACACUACCACCAAGCGCAAAAGAGAAGGCAAAGCUGCUGUUCAAACAUGGACCAAGAUGAGGGCUUUAUUGAAGAAGAAGUUCAUUCCCACUCAUUAUAUAAGGGAAAACUUUGCUAGGCUUCAACACCUAAGGCAAGGAAAUCGGUCCGUAGAAGAAUACAAUCGAGAGUUUGAAGAACUCUUGAUGCGGUGUGAUCUCCAAGAGAAUGACUCACAAACCUUUGUGAGAUAUCUCUUUGGCCUAAACACCCAAAUCACUGACACAGUGGAGCUGCAAACCUUUGAGAACCUUGAAGAGCUAACCAAGUUAGCACUUAAGGUGGAAGCCCAACUCAAGAAGGGCAAAUCUUCUUUGAGCCGUGGCAAUUCUUCCUACCCUAGUACAUCAAAUUCCAGCCCCCUCAGUUGGUUCCACCUCAUGUACAACUAUGCUAGUGGGGACUUGGCUAGGAAGAGAUUCAGGUAACAUCACCACAGUAGCCCUAGCGAGAGUUGUUAUGCUCUCGGGUUUCUGUGAUGGGGCGGAAUUAGUUGAAUCUUUUAGAACCGGGACCUGUUGGUUGAUGGGUUCAGGGUUGGUCUUGGGUUCUAGAGCCUCUUUUUGAACAUUAAUCUUCCUCAUUUGAUCUUGAGAUUGGAGGGAGCGUUUAAGUUCAACAGCCUUACAAAGAUCAUUGACUAGUUUAUCAGCUUUAGCUUCGGCU